UAUAGGAAUCAAGAAACUCUGUAAAAUUGUUGCAGAUAAAAAGUUACGCUAAAUCCAAUGAUAACUCUACAGUUCCUCUCUCCAUUUUCUUCAAUACCUUCAAAAUCCCCACAAUUUUCACCUUUCAAUUCCAACCCUUUAUCUAAAACCCUUCAAUUCAAUGACACCCAUUUCAAAUCUUUCAUAAAAACCUCAAAGAUUCUAACUUUCAAGUGUUUUAGAUGUAGCAAAUCUCAAAAUCAGAGGUUUAAGUGUAAAGGGGUUAAAGAUGAGACAAAAACGGUUUUGGACCGUGACGGCGGCGGAGAUGGUGGUGGUGGUGGUGGAGAUGAUGAGCAAUCGGAGAAGGAAAAUGGGGUUUUGCCAGAAUGGGUGAAUAUUACUUCAGAUGAUGCAAAAACUGUUUUUGUGGCAGUGGCUAUAUCACUUGCAUUUAGGUCAUUUGUGGCUGAGCCAAGGUUUAUACCUUCAUUGUCCAUGUAUCCUACAUUUGAUGUUGGAGAUAGAAUUGUAGCUGAAAAGGUAAAUUUUUGUUUUAUUUUGACUAUAUGUUUGUGA